UAUCGCACGAUUCUCAGGGAGGGGAAGAUUCUCAGGGAUUGCACGGUUCUCAGGGAGGGGAAGAUGGAGAAGAGAAGAACAAAGUUGAAUUUCCACCUUGUUGACUUUAGAGCGAGUUUUGUACUCUACACGCAUACCAAUAGCGUCUCGAAGUUAUUCUCCGGAGUCGAUAUGGACGAUCUCUCUCUCACAUUUCUGUUUCUGAUUCACACGGCCGACUGUUUCAACGUAUUCGUGUUCAUCCCGUAGAUUUUUUAAGAAAGAGGGAUGAUUUGAAGAUGAAGGUGAACGGAUUAACUUCUACGAAGAUCUAGCUUCCGAUUUCUUGUUUCUCGAUCGAUAAGACAGAGGACGAUGCAGUGAACAUGUUGGAGAAAUUUUACUUGGUGACUGAACUUAAAAUUCCCCUUACACGGUAAUUUUCUUAUGCGUGCUCAAGAAUUGAGCACUUUGAGAGUUUUCCUGGUAGGGAUGUGAAAAUUGGUCUCUAGCAAACACAUUCUCUAACAACAGAAGUUAACAACAGAAGUUAACGAUUAUAUGUAACGGGAUAAAGCGGACAGUAUCUACUGACAGUUAAAUUUGUUAUCGAUGAUAUCAGAGCGUGGAUAGUCUGACCGGUGUGACAGCGAUGACAUUGGGUCUUCAAGAAGGGCCAAGAAUACUUCUCGUCUCCUCUCUUUUAUAAUCCGUCGGCGUUGACCAAGUGCAAGUGGCGGGGAAGAUGGAGAAGAAAAGAACAAGAUUGCAUCCCGUUGACUGUAGUUCGUGUUCUGUAGUUAUCUUCAUACUCGCCAAUGGCGUCUCGGAGCUCUCUCUCAGUCCGGAAAUUGACGAUCCCUCUUAGCUUUCUGCUUCUGGUUCACUCCGUUCACUGUUUCAAUUUAUUUGGCAUUCGCCCAGUGGAUUUCAAGAAGGGGGAUGAAUUGAAAGUGAAGGUGAAAGGAUUAACUUCUACGAAGACCCAGCUUCCAAUUUCGUAUUAUUCACUUCCGUUCUGUCGUCCCAACAAGAUACAGGGCGAUGCAGAGAAUCUUGGAGAAAUUUUGCUUGGUGAUCGAAAGGACAAUUCCCCUUAUGAGGCCAAAAUGAUGGAGUUUCAGCUGUGCAAUAUUGUAUGUCGGAUUACACUCGAUGAAAAAGGAGCUAAAGCGUUGAAGGAGAAGAUUGAGGAUGAUUAUAUGGUUCAUAUGACCCUCGAUAGCCUUCCUCUGGUUCGUCCGAUCAGAAUUUUUGAACACGAAUCUCCUUUUACCUAUCAGCUUGGAUUUCAUAUGGGGCUUAAAGGGUAUUAUCCUGAGGAAAAAGCUGAGAAAUACUUCAUCUACAACCAUUUGGCAUUUACUAUCAAAUAUCAUGUAGAUACACAAUCAAAUUCUACUAGAAUUGUGGGAUUUGAGGUUCAACCAUUCAGUGUCAAACACGAAUAUAAAGGGACAUGGAAAGAAAGGAAUACUCGUCUAUCGACUUGUGAACCAAAAUGGAAGGCUAUGGUUCUUAACUCCGAUGGUCCUCAGGAGGUCGAGGAGGGAAGGGAAAUCAUUUAUACUUACAAUGUCGAGUAUCAGGAGAGUGAUGUGGAUUGGCCAUCCAGAUGGGAUGCCUAUCUUGCCACGAGGGAUGACCAAACGCAUUGGUUCUCGAUACUGAACGGUUUAGAGUCUAUUCUUGUGAUCUCUGGCAUACUGGCUGUCAUUGUGUGGCGGAUUUACCGUGAUAUUUUUAAUUACAAUGAUCUUGAGACCCAAGAUAGAGUUCAGAAAGAGACAGGAUGGAAACUCAUCCAUGGGGACGUUUUCAGGCCACCGUGUAAUUCGGAUCUCCUUUGCGUCCAUGUUGGAACCGGAGUUCAGAUUCUUGGAAUGAUUCUUGGAACUAUGUUUUUGGCCAUCCUGGGACUCCUCUCCCCUUGUAAUAGGGGCGAUCUUAUUACAACCAUGCUCGUGCUCUGGAUCUUCACGAGCCUCUGCGCUGGUUACGUGUCUGCUCGUCUUUAUAAGAUGUUUAAUGGUACAGAUUGGAUGAAAAUUGCCAUUAAGACGGCCUUCACGUUUCCGACUAUCAUCUAUAUAAUCUUCUUCAUGUUAAACGCUCUCUUAUGGGGUCAGCAAUCAUCUGCAGUAGUGCCAUCUUGGGCAAUGCUUGUUCUUGAGUUUCUAUGGGUUGGAAUCUCUGCUCCACUUGUUUUUGUGGGAAGUUACGUUGGAUUCAAGAAGGAAGCAAUUGAGAAACCUGUGAAGAUCAACUCACUUCACAGGCAAAUCCCAAGACAGUCCUGGUACAUGAACCCGAUCUCCAUCGUCUUGAUCGGAGGGUUACUCCCCUUUUCAACCGUCUUCAUUGAGUUGUCGUUUAGCCUUAGCGCAACUUGGCUAAAUCAAUUUUAUUGGUUCUUUGGCUUCCACUUGCUGGUUUUCGUCAUCCUUGCUGUGACUUGUGCUGAAAUAUCCAUCAUGCUUUGUUAUUUACAGUUAUGCAGGGAGGACUAUCGCUGGUGGUGGCGAUCGUACAUAACAUCGGGUUCGGUUGCUCUUUACCUCUUCCUCUACUCAAUGGCGUACUUCUCCAAGUCCCUGGAGAUGACCAAGCUUGUUUCUGUGGUAUUGUACAUAGGAUACAUGCUAGUUGCUUCAUAUGCUUUCUUUGUGCUAACAGGUACCAUUGGAUUCUUUGCAUGCUUUUGGUUCACAAGAGUUAUAUAUUCCUCUGUGAAAUUUGAUUAGCAUGGUUUUUUUUUUCCUUUUUGUUCUCUCUUUUCUUUGAUUUUAGCGGUUGAUUGACAUUUUUUUUUGUGUAUCAAACUUGGGAAGCUGAAGUUUCAUGCAGUAGAACUGUUUGAACUUAUAACU